AUGACGGUAACCGCUGCAGAAGGGGAGAGGGUUCAGGAAACGCCCGUGGGCUCAAAAGAUCUGGAGAAGCGCUUGUCCGAAGAUGCAGGAGACGAGAACAGAGACGCUGGGAGCGACGAGGAGAGUGGCGGUGCUCAUGACUCGACAGGGGAGACUGAGGACGAUGCAGGGGACAGAGAGAAAAAUAGGGAUGGCGAAGAGGAUGAGAAUGAGGAUGAGAGUGAUGAUGAUGGAGAUGAGGAGGAGGAAGUUGGUCUGUCGUACUUGUAUACGGACUUUGAGGAUGACGAAAAGGAUGGAGACUUUAAGGCGGACGCGGCAGCUCGUGACGAUGAGGAGGAGGACGACGACGACGACGAUGAUGAAGGUGAGGAAGAAGAGGAGGGAAUUGAUGCUGCAGUAGGAGGUGACGAUAGGGACGAGGAGGAGGCAGAACAGGCUGUUGCCGAAGACGAGGAUGCGGAUGAUGAGAAGCAGAGUGGGGAAAACGAAGAUGCAGAUGGAGACGAAGAGGAGGGUGUCCCGCCAGCCAAAAAGCAGAAGACGUGA